AAAUAUAUUUUUCAAUAGACCACACCUCCUUCCGAAUCCCUUUAGCAAGUUCCUCAAUUGCUUUAUGACCAAGCAGCGCACGGCUGAGUUCAAAAGAACAGUGAGACGAGAUAGAAGGGAUCACGUUCUCCAAGGAGGUCCAAACGAUGUACCCCAAAGCAGAAGCAAACAUCUAUUACCUGACAACCAACCAGCAGCGCUAAAGAAGAGGAUACACCUCCUUAACAACCAGCACAGGGUUUUAUUACCUAAAAUACUAUUACACAUGCAGAAAAUACAUGCAGUCUUAUGAAAAAAACGUGGAGCUUUUGAGACAGCGCUUUCUUUUUACUUGCAAUAAUCGUGUCACUUUCUUUAUAUACUGGAAGCCUUUUAUUCACUUUAAAAAGAAAGAAAGAAAGGGUCUUUAAUGUCAGUUCUGUAAUGUGUGCUACAGAAAAAGGAUCUCAGAAACUUGUUUAAUGCUGACGCUUUUCUUGCGGUAAGCUUGGCCAGGCUGCAGCUAAACUUGUGUUUGUACUUGAGCAGCGGUCAAACUCACCUGACUUAACUAAUGGACUGGAUUUACCUCCACCAAAGGAUAUGAUCAACAUAACAUGUGAAAAUACUACCAGGAUACACGCCGAUGGAAACCCAGUGGUUAGCACCUUGAUGUUCACUGCUGGUGUGUUGGGGAACUUAGUGGCGCUGGGAAUCCUGGGCGUCCACAUAAAAGAGUAUCGCACCAAGUCUUCAGUAUUUUGUAUUUUAGUAACUGGUCUGGCCAUCACCGACCUGUUGGGAACGUGUUUCCUGAGCCCCGUGGUCUUCGUCUCCUAUGCCCGCAAUGCCUCCCUCCUGGGUCUGGUGGGCAGUCACAGACUGUGUGACUUUUUCGCCUUUGCAAUGACAUUUUUUGGAUUGGCUUCCAUGCUCAUUCUCUUUGCCAUGUCCCUUGAAAGGUGCUUGGCCAUCAGCUACCCUUAUUUCUACUCGAAACACAUCGGGAAAGGCUUUGCUAAAGUGCUUCUGCCGGUCAUCUAUUUUUUGUGCAGCGUGUUUUGUUCGCUGCCCUUCUUCGCUUUCGGUGAACACAAGCAGUACUGCCCGGGGACCUGGUGUUUUAUUGAGAUGGAAUCAGACAGGCCGGCGAUUGUGGCUUUCUCGUUGUCCUAUGCCACCCUCAUGGCGGUUCUGAUUCUGGUCAUAAUCAUCUGCAACGGCUCGGUUAUCGUGAGUCUGUGCAAGAUGUACCGGAACCAGAGGAGUAGAAGGGGAUCGGUGACUUCAUCCCACCGCAGAAGGAAAACUUUCUUCGGUCAGGGGGAGGAAGAAAUUGACCACCUCAUCCUGUUGGCUUCAAUGACUAUAAUAUUUGUCAUCUGUUCUCUGCCCCUUACGAUCCGUGGGUUUAUCAGUGCGAUUUCUCCAGACGGCAACGAUCACGAGGACCUGCUGGCGUUCCGCUUCUCUGCCAUGAAUCCCAUCGUGGACCCCUGGAUUUUCAUCAUUUUCCGGAAAACUGUGUUCCGCAACGUCGGCUCCCUGCUGUGCUGCCGUUUCUCGACGACGACACUCAAAAGCAACACAUACCAGGAUCCUAGCAAGCUGCAGUCCAUGCCCUGCAACGAGCAGAACUACAGCAGCCUGCAAGUAGCCCUGCACUGAGUGAGGCUGCUGCCAGACAAAAACAGACAAGAAACUCCUGGGGUGUGCAGAAAACUUAAACUGCUGGCUGAAAUUGUGCCCCCCGUUCCUCUAGUCCGUAGCUACUGUUCAGCAGAACUCAAACUUUCGAGUUGCCAAUAAGCUAGGUAAAAUAGCAAGUGUUGUAUUAAACAUAUCCAUGUUUGUGGCUAGAUUUCUUUCCACCGUUGCUACAAAUAUGAUGCACACAGUGUCACCAGGGAAUCACUACAGCAAGCAAAGUCUUUUGCACUUGUGACAAAUAACAGAAAGAACAAAACAAAUACAUUUUCAGUGUCACAGGGACAGGUCAUGGGGACAGGUUUUGACACAUAUAGCUCUACUGAGCUUGCAGUAUAUGGAAAACAAGGUAUCGAGUCAGCCAUCAACUUGGUAUUCAAUUGUCUGGUUUUGGUCACUUAGCAACCCUAACAUAACUGUGCCGAGUAUGACCGUCAGUCACUAAGUAUCACGUGCGACGGCCUAUUCUCACAAUCUAAACUCCUCCGGUGUUCGAGGGAAUACGUAGGGUCUGACAUGGUUUUAAGGUAAAAGUAUAGGAAGCCAAGCAGACCAACAUUUUGGCUAACCUUUUCAGUGUAAUGGUUUCACGACAAAUGCCCAAAAGCUUCCUUCACAACUUUCCACUCCUCGUCUAGAUCUGACCAAAGGUGUAUUUUGAAUUGAAAAAUUGUCUGGACAAAUUCACGUUGAAUAAUAGUCACACCUAGCAGUACAGUAGACUCCUACCCUUCUUGACAGACCCAAGACUGGGCAUCUAUUAAUGGCAUUCCUGCUAGUAGCCUGUCAUGGCAUCCAUUUCUGUUGAUUACAUUCUAGUUAAAUUAAAAAAAAAAAAAAAAUGCAGUCCUGUUUUGCCCUCCAGUCAUUUUGCUAUUGCAAUUAUUGUUAUUGUGUUUUAAUCCAUGUUUGGGAUCUGUGGGUGUGUCAGUAACAUUGUGAAUUAUUGCCGAUUCGCCGUUUUUUGGACUAGACUGCUUAUUGAACAGCAUGCUAAAGCCCUAUCAGCACUGGCCAGUAUUCCUGUGUUAAGCUACCCAUGCGAAUAACGCAGUGGUCAAGUCACUUAUCCCUGGAACGAUCUCAAUUGCGAUUUCAGUUGUAACUUGUUUUUUGUUUGUUUGUUUUAAAUCAACGAAAAGUGUAACCAGGUCUAUAGAUCAACAGUGUCAAUGACAGUAAUCCACCAGGACAGCUUUCAAUACAAACCUGAUUUCAAAAGGCACCUUCGUUUGAUCGGUCAACCCUAGCACUUUGGUAUGUUAUUGGCCGUUUCGUUCUUGACGUCUUCAUGUGGUAUCUUGCGCGAGUCAAUUAUAGGAGUGACAGCAAGCUCUUCCGAGUCAUACUUCCAAACCCUCACAGUCCGAACUUCUGGAAGAAGAGAAAACAACCUUCCACACAGACUCAAAUGCAGCUUCCGGAUUGAAUAUUUCUUCUUGAAAAAACAAUGCACGGAAGAUGCUGAGGAAGCCAUCACAUUUGGAGAAUGUUUGUAUUAAAAAAAACAUGUAAAACAAUGGUAAACUGUAAUAAAUGCAUAUUAUAACCAUGGGUAAAGCAUUGGAAAAAGCACAUUUACAGUGGUAAACUUUUAUAAGGGAUAGUUUAGGCAUUAAUGUUUGUUAAGAUCCUGAAAUUUGACCAUCUCUGUUAAACAUCCUGAUGAAAUUUUGGCAAAAGGUUACAUUUAUUUACUUCUUUUUUUAAAGUUCAGUGUUUUCUUUCCCUUCUUUGCAAGAACAAAAACCCAUAAGGUGAAGAAAAUCUGUGAACAUUAAAUCACACAUUUGCUCCGAGUUUUCACAGCAAAACAAAGUGUAUGGACUCUGAACAGAGUGUGUAAAGCUGUGUCCAAGAUGACAGUACGUAGCUAUUUAGCUACUCUUGGAGAUGGUGCAGUAAGAAUUUACGCCUCUGAGUUACACCUUGUUGUAUUACAACCAGUGACAGUGUUGUGCCUAAAGGGUUUGAAGUUGAGGUUUUGGCUAAAUACAACUGGAAAGCCUGGAUUAAAACCUGCCACUGAAGUCGAUCAGCGAUCCUCAACGCUGUAUCUGAGGGCAAAGUUGAGAGACCACCACGCCAAAAUAAUCAGUACUACUGCAAUAGGAGUACACAGAAGUCGGAACUAAACACAUUGCAAUCGCUUUACUCUUCUGUGCCCUAAAGAAGAGCCAUCUGUCCUGUAAAUCUGCAAACUGGUGUCUUUUUAAAACAUGCGAGAAAAGGUCAUUUAAAGUCAAAAGCGAGAAACUUGAUUGCAAGACUUGCACAGUUGCAGGAAGUGGAUCAGUUGAGUAGAUUGUCUGUUUCACCAGCUUUAGACUGUCAAGAGCUGGUCUAGUAUUUACAAAUGUGAGACAGAAGAGCACUUCUAUUAGUUUCAACUCUUAAUUGGUCAUGGUUUUUCAGAUUUGAAAAAUAAUGUUACAACGCAGUGGGCCUCAAUCUUUUUGUAACUAGAACCCCCGUUUGAGUGUCUUGGGGCUGCUGGAACCUCCUAAUGUCCCUUUAUUAAUACAUCUAUACCUGUAUAUUACUGAAUUUUUAGACUCCUAACACAACUGUCUACAAAAACAAAAGCGAAGAGAUUAUUAAUUUCUCGCUGCAGUGAUAACAAAUGGAAAAUAAGGACCCGAGUUGGUCUGCUUGUGCUGAAGUUGUUUCGUGACUCCCCCUGAAAUUCUUUUCCGACCCAAGACUUCUAAAAGUAUAUAUUUAUUAUAUAGGGGCACCAUUAAUUAUUAUUGAAAUGUUUACAGCCAUAGUUUUAUAUAUUACAAGUUUUAAAAAUAAUACAAAAUUCUUUGUACCGGAUUAUUCACUUGACGCUUUCAUAAGCAUAAUGUGUCAUUCAACACUGGUAUAGUUCAAAUAAAUAGUUUAUUCUAGGCAACUGUAAAUUGUAUUUAAAUGUUAAUUUUAGGCUUCUUUGUCAUUUACUUCGCUUUACAGACUCGAAUACAUUAAACAAUGUAUUUAUCAUUUUUGGUGCCACUGUAAAAUUAUUUUAUAGAACAAUUCUAAGUUGUCUAAGUUAUUGAGUGUAUACGUUUAAAUACGUGAAUGACAUUGACCUCUAAAGCUUUGUUAGCAUUUAAACAGGUGUGCCCAUGGUUGCAGUCUUCUGUGGUUUGGGUCUAUUGUGCAAUAAGUCUUCUAGCUUGAUUCUACAUCCUGCAGUUCUGCAAACAAUGCCAUUCCAGGAACCCUGGGAAACUGAUGGACACCUUGCUCAGCCAUUGAAGGAGAAUGAGAUCCCUCCACUUCAUUAUUGCUGAAUAGCUGCAAGCAAUCUUCUAGAUCACACAGCAUGUCACUUGGCCACACCCAUUUACACAAACUUCAGACUCUGCGAUUUUCAAAUUCAUAGCUCAUAGUUGCAUUUACUAAUCAAAUAUCACACCUUUAUCACCGAUUAGCGUCCAGUGUUCCCAUUUGAAAAUCCACUUAUUCAAAAUUGUUUCUAAAAUGAUCAGGCUGUGUGGUACAGUGGUUAAAGAAACAGCAGACUGCUAACCAGGAGAUCCCUGGUUCAAAUCCCA